CCGCUUUCUCAGAAAGCAUUAAUGGAAAAGAGAUGUCGUGAGAUUAGCAUACAUGAAGCACCUCGCGAUGACUACAGAGGGAGUUCGUAUGCCUUUGUGGACACUAUCUGCACUAAUGACCCGAAGAAUGAUCCGAAUCAUUAUAAGGACGCUUCAGGGAAGGACCGACAUAAGCCGAAAGAGCGGAGUUCGACUGUCAAUCUGGACGGGUGUCUUGGUUGGGAUAAGAACAAUGGCGGGUUUAUCAAAGAGAUUGAUGGGCAUGCAACUUAUUAUGGACUCUGUUGGGGUUGUCACUACAAGCGAGGUACUAAAGAUGGCGAGAAUAAUCUCUCAUGUUGGUGUAAGUACGGUAAAGGUGAAAAAGCACAGGACCCAGUCACAAAGAAAUUGGGUAUUGUGACACAAUUUGACUUGGGUCCCUUGUUAAAAGUCUUCCCAAGUGGCUCUGUAGGGUGCUCUCAUUGGGACUAUUCAUGAUGAGGUUCUUGUCCGGGAUGUUAUAUGCAAUACUCCCCUGGAGCUGGAACCCCUU